CUAUAACACAAGGGCAUAAUCGUAAAUAUGCCUCUACCAGGAAGAAUCCUUUUAUAGCCUUCCCGGUCUUUCUCUCUUUCAUCAUUCAUCUGUAACAUUUCCCCAUUGAUUUCUCUUUCUCUCUAAUAAAAUUCAAAAUCAGAAAUCUUCUCUCCAAGAAAAAAAGAAAAAAUGUUGGCUGUGUUCGAGAAGACGGUGGCGAACAGCCCCGAAGCGCUGCAGACUCCUAACUCGGAUUCGCCAUCGUACGCGUUGAAAGAAGGAUACCUAGCGAGCCAAUUCGUUUCGAAGAACUCGAACUCCGUCUCGCUUAACCUCGGAUCUUCCGGAGUGCUCGCUUACUCCCUUGAUAACUCUGAUCCCCUUGUUCAUAGAUUGUUUGCGGUUGUGGAUGACAUCUUCUGCAUCUUCCGAGGACACAUCGAGAACCUUCCCUUCCUGAGGCAGCAGUAUGGGCUGAGCAAAGUCACAAACGAGGCCAUUAUGGUCAUUGAGGCUUACAGGACUUUACGUGACCGUGGCCCUUACCCUGUUGACAAAGUCGUCAGAGAUUUCCAAGGAAACUUUGCCUUUAUCCUCUUUGAUGGCACCAACAAAACCGUCUUUGCUGCUGCUGAUGCUGAGGGUGCUGUGCCCUUCUUCUGGGGAACUGAUGCUGAAGGUCACCUUGUUCUCUCUGAUGAUACAGCUAUUGUGAAGAAAGGUUGCUCCAAAUCUCACAGUCCUUUCCCUAAAGGUUGUUUCUUUACAUCAUCGGGAGGAUUGAGGAGCUUCGAGCACCCUAAGAACCAGUUGAAGCCAGUGCCAAGGGUGGAUAGCUCAGGAGAGGUGUGUGGUGCCACCUUUCAGGUUGAUGCUGAGGCUAAGAGAGAGGGUACCAAGAUGCCUAGAGUUGAGAGCUCUCAAAACUGGGCCGGUAAUAUCUAAACCGGAAGUGUUUACUGAGCUCAAUCAGAGUCGAGACUUUUGUUUCGUUUAAUGUCUCUGAGAAUUUCCUAAUUACUUUGCCAAUGUUGUUUUCUCUUUUUUUUUUUCGUUUCUCUGAUUCAAAUAAAAAAACAGAUUUUUAAUCUUUUGUUUAAUCAUUUGUUUUAUCAUAAAACAAAAGUUUAUUCGAAGCAUUGCCCUUUGUAUGCUAAGAAAAUAAAAAUCUCAUUUUUGUAGGUUAAGACACAAUAAUAAUAAAAAAAAUAUUUACAUUUUUUUUUUGAAUAACACUAUUUAAUAUUUACAUAUAUUUUU